CACAGACACACAGCACACAUGACUCUCCAAUGGCCGCUGCUUCACACGGGACUCUGUCGUAACUUUGACUAAUACACAUGUGUGAACGCGCUUAAUUCCGUGUUUAAUCCGCUGUCCUGGAGUGCACGGUGAACUUUACUCCGGCAUCUUCCCGGACAAUCUGCCUCGGCUGGAGGUGAUGCGGCGGUGGGCGGAGUCAACAGGUUCAGAUUUGUUCUUGCAAUGCCACAACAAAUUACAGGGAUGCAAACUCAUGAGGGGCGAAAAAGAAGCGUAACAGAACAACUGAACCGCACAAAUGGAUCUGCGGCCAUGUUCAUUCAGUUGAGCUGGGAGAACUUACCCAUUAUGGAGUAUUCCCGCCGUUUCUGCACCAUUGCCUGCCUCACAGAUUUUGUGGACUCCCAUCUCAAGGCAAUAUACCAGAUUGGUUUAACAGCUCACCGAUGGAGGGAAUUGCCUGAGAUGGAAGACCACAAAUGGAGGGAGUACGUGAGGUUAACCCAGGAAACUCUCUACGCCACGUCACAGCCACGCCUGAGUCUGCUCCACGUCAUGUCACAGCCACGCCUGAGUCUGCUCCACACCAUGUCACAGCCACGCCUGAGUCUGCUCCACGCCAUGUCACAGCCAUGCCUGAGUCUGCUCCACGCCAUGUCACAGCCACGCCUGAGUCUGCUCCACGCCAUGUCACAGCCACGCCUGAGUCUGCUCCACGCCAUGUCACAGCCACGCCUGAGUCUGCUCCACGCCAUGUCACAGCCACGCCUGAGUCUGCUCCACGCCAUGUCACAGCCACGCCUGAGUCUGCUUCACGUCAUGUCACAGCAAAUGUGAGUCUGCUCCACGCCAUGUCACAGCCAAGCCUUCCGUGACUCCUUGCUCGAAGCCUUCCACGGCCCCUGUCUCCAGGUUGAAUGAUCUGCCAUUGAUGUCGGUGCGUAGGGCCAUGAAGACCCUACCUCACAAAAAAACAAGCUAGCGCCCACGCCUGCCACAGCCAACGGCCACACCUGCCACGGCCAAUGAGCCAACGGCCACACCUGCCACGGCCAACAAGCCAACACCUACGCCUGCCACGGCCAACAAGCUGCCAGCCUCGUCCGUCCCAGAGUCUGCAUUGCCAUCCUCGUCCGUCCCAGAGUCUGCAUUGCCAUCCUCGUCCAUCCCAGAGUCUGCAUUGCCAUCCUCAUCCAUCCCAGAGCCAGCGUUGCCAGCCUCGUCCGUCCCAGAGCCAGCGUUGCCAGCCUCGUCCGUCCCAUAGCCAGCAUUGCCAACUUCAGCUGUCCGGAGGAGGUGGAGGAGAAGAAAGGCUUCUGUUCCCAAGUCUCUGCCCAUGCUCACGAACACAGAGAUCAUCUCUGAGUUUCAGCCAGUGUUUACGAGCACAGAGGUCAUUCCAGAGUCUCUGCCAGUGUUCACGACCACAGAGGUCGUUCCCGAGUCUCUCCCCGUGCCCACAACCACAGAGGUCAUUCCCGAGUCUCUGCCCAUGCUCACGACCACAGAGGUCAUUCCUGAGUCUCUGCCCAUGCUCACGACCACAGAGGUCAUCUCCGAGUCUCUGCCCAUGCUCACGACCACAGAGGUCAUCUCCAAGUCUCUGCCCAUGCUCACGACCACAGAAGUCAUCUCCAAGUCUCAGCUCGUAUUUAUGACCACAGAGGUCAUUCCCAAGUCUCUGCCAGUGUUCACGACCACAGAGGUCAUUCCCAAGUCUCUGCCAGUGUUCGUAACCACAGAGGUCGUUUCCCAGUCAUCCAGUACUCUUUGUCUCAAGCCUGCCAUGGCUCUGCCUUCCACGGCUUUGCCUCUUGAGCCUCUCACGGCUCUGCCUUCCAUGGCUCCACCCCUCGAGCCUCCCACAGCUCCGCCCCUCGAGCCUCCCACGGCUUCGCCCACCACGACUUCGCCCCUCGAGCCUCCCACUGCUCCGCCUACCAUGGCUUCACCCCUCGAGCAUCCUAUGGCUCCGCCUUCCACGGCUCCAUUCUCUAGUCUGUGGUUGCCUCCCAGGCCUCCUGACCCUAUCUUGAUCCUGUGGUCACCAUCCAGGCCUACUGACCCUGUUUCAGCCCUGUUGCCGCCAACUAGGCCUCCUGAUCCAGUCCCUACCCUGAGGUGGUCUCCUGGGUCCCCUGGCUGGCUGCGUGAUCUGCUCUGGUCUUCUGGGUCUCCUGGCCGUCCGCCUGAUCUGCUCUGGUCUCUUGGGUCUCCUUGCCAUCCCCCUGAUCUGCUCUGGUCUCCUUGGUCUCCUGGCCAUCCGCCUGAUCUGCCCUGGUCUCCUUGGUCUCCUGGCCAUCCGCCUGAUCUGCCCUGGUCUCCUUGGUCCCCUGGCCAUCUGCCUGAUCUACUCUGGUCUCCUUGGUCUCUCAGCUGUCUGCCUGAGCUGCUCUGGUCUCCUUGGUCUCCUGGCCUUCCGCCUGAUCUGCUCUGGCCUCUUUGGUCUCCGGCUCCAUCUUGGCCCUGCUUCCCUUACCAGCCUUCCUUGGGCAUCAGGAGCCGCCCAUUGGGGGCGGGGUAUGUCAUGAUUCACUGUUGUCUUGCCUUGUGUUUUGCCCCUGUCAUCUGUUUCCCCCGGACUACACUUCCCAUAAUUCCCUAACCUCAUCACUGCCAGCUGUUCCCUAUUGUUCUCAUUCACUCAUUAACCCCUGUGUGUAUAUAACACCCUGAUUUCUACCCAGUUGUUAUCAGUUGUUAUGUGUUUCUCUCCCGUUUAUUUGUACCGAGUUCCCAUCCUGGAUGUUUUGUUUGUUUAUUCCCCAGUUCAUUUGUUCUACCGUUUUCCAGAGUUUUCUGUGUUUAUUUUGUACCGCACUUUGUUUCUUUAUUAAACUUUUUA